AUGCAGCAGGGCAGCGUGGGUGGCUGCGACGAGGACUCCGGCGCGACGAGUCCUCCGGCGAGAUCGCCUUCCGGUUUCGCGAUCAAGAGCGAGCCCGCGGAUAGGAACGACGUGAGGAUUAAGGUCGAGAUGCCCGAGCCCACGGAGGAUUAUCAGCGACAACCGGGCAACGAGAAUUAUCGCUACGGCGAGAAGAAGCCGGGAUACGUCCCGGACCUUCUCGGGACUCAGUGCCAGCCACCUGGGUAUCGUCCCGUGGGACUGCCCAACUCUUUCGGCUUCCCGCCCUUCUACGGGCAUCAUCAUCCGGCGAUGAUGCCCUUCCCGGCCGGACGUCCUUCGCCGGACGGGCCGAUCGGCAAAAUCGCCGACGGUCACGAGCAACAACAACCGGUGUCCUCGCACCCUUACGGCAGGAUGCCGCCGAUCCCCAACGAUGGUUUUCUUCAGGAGCAUCAUCACAGGAGCUUCGACGCAGGCGACUUCCAACACGCCGGAAUGCCGUACCCGGGUUUCCGGCCCACCAUGCGCUCGUCGUACGGCAAUCAUCAUCAUCAUCAUCAUCACCAUCAUCAUCAUCAGCAGCAGCAGAACAACAGCGCAUACAACAGAAGCCACUAUCACCCGGCCAGGCAACGUAAGUGGAGCAGUACCGCGUUCCGGGGACUGCAUCCGCCGAUGCCUAUACUGUAUCUAGAAACUAUACAACACUGA